GAUCUCAGUGGUCUCCUGAGGCAUGCCGCUAAAGAAUGGCAUGCUAAAUGUCAAGUUAUAACUGGCGUAUCUGAUGAAGAGAUUUUCGGAUUGAGAAGUGGUAAUUUCGCAGUAGCGGAGAAUACAAAAAGAUACCACUUAUGUAUUUUCAUCAUGGCAAAUGCGAUAACCCCAAAAAUGGAAUUUGUUGAAAGAAUUUUCCGAAAAUACAUACCGGAUAAUACUAUGGUGCGAAAUUAUAAACAAUGUUUCCACGAAUCCAAAAGAAUGCAAACACAACCAGAGGAAAUAAUAUUGGGAAUGUUACACUGCAUGUUUGCGAGAGAUCCUGUGAAAUUCCUGAUACUCUAACGGAUGAUCCAAAUUCAACACUGAGGUUUUUUGAAUUGUUAUGUAUUGCUUUCUUGAAUAAACGUUGCAUAUAUA